AUUAUCCGAAAAAUAUGAAGUCUUUUCUGAUGAUUUUCUUGGAAGGAAUAUACCAAAUAUUUGCAUUUUUAUACUAACCAGAAGCAACCAGCCAUUUUCGUUUCCUUUAACAUGAACAAAAAAAACCCAGUAGCAGUGUGAAAAGAAAAGAAAAAGUCAACUAAAAAUUGAUGAAAUUGUCGUCAUCAAAUAAUGGUAUAUAUAUUGUAAGCAAAAGGGACAUUAUCUUUAUCUAUUGAUUACAUACCAAAAGAGUACUAAAUCUGCAGAUUAUUUGGUCUUAUAAGAAGAAACUGGCAGAAUAAUGGAGAAGAAAGAAAAAGAAGCAGAAAAUGAACUGGUGUUGCCACCUUCUCCAACUUUAACUAUUGGUAUAGCUAUCAAUGGAAAUAGAGAAAGCAAAUAUGUGGUUAAAUGGGCAUUGGAGAAAUUCGUUCCUGAAGGAAAUGUCAUGUUUAAGUUGUUACAUGUUCGUGCGAAGAUUAAACUUAUUCCUACUCCAAUGGGGAACUUGCUUCCGAUUUCACAAGUUCGAGAAGAUGUAGCUGCAGCUUAUAAGAAGGAACUGGAAUGGCAGGCAAAUGAAAUGCUUCUUCCUUAUAAGAAAAUGUGUGCUCAAAGAAAGGUGGAAGCUGAUAUUAUAAUCAUUGAAUCAGACCAAGUGGCGAAUGCAAUAGCAGAGGAGGUUUCAAAGAACACUAUCACUAGACUUGUUAUCGGAGCUUCAUCUCGUGGGAUGUUGACAAGGAAGCUUAAGAAAAAUAACUUGUCCUCGAGAAUAUCAGCCUGCGCUCCAAGCUUUUGUACACUCUAUGCUGUUUCUAAAGGAAAGUUGACAUCAAUUCGGCCAUCUGAUUCAGAGAUGAAUGGAAGCACUAAAGAUGACAGUAGUGAAACAAGUUUUUCUUCCAAGAACUCAUCGGACUACAGUUUCAGUUUGCAGACAGAAUUAGGCUCUGUGGCAACCUAUGCUACUUUCCGUUCUCCAUCCCUGCCAAUGCAGAGAUCUCAAGCACUUUCAACGAUAAAUCAAACGCAUUUACAUUCAAGAACGAGUUCUCUUUCUAGAUCGACUGAGUCCACUCAGUUUAAAUCUCCCGAUAACAACCAUUCUCGAUGCCAAUCUCUUGACAAUGCAGCAGGGAAUGAUGAUAUGAGCUCUUGUCCCAACAGUUCAGAAUCUAGAGAAGCAGUCAGUCAAAAUUCCAGUCGCAGAAGCUUGCAAACCGAUCAACAAUCAUGGUUACCAGAUCAAAUAUCAACCUUGGAUGCACAGACAGACAAUAAUCCGUCCGAAUGUCAGGUAAAUAUCAACUUUGAGAUAGAAAAGCUGAGAACCGAACUCAGACACAUUCGAGAAAUGCAUGCGGCAGCUCAAAGUGAGACCAUUGAUGCAUCCCAGAAGUUGAAUACUCUAAGUAAACGUCGCCUAGAGGAAGCAAUGAAGCUUAAGGAGGUAUGUUUGAAAGAGGAGGAAGCUAAAGAAUUAGCUAGACAAGAGAAGGCGAAGUGUGAAGCUGCUAUAAGAGAAGCUGUGCAUGUGAAGGGGCGUGCCGACAGAGAAGCUUCACUGAGGCAAGAGGCGGAGAUGAAAGCCUCUCACGAAGCUAAAGAAAAAGAAAAGCUCGAGAAUUAUCUGACAGGUCCCCUCCAGCAAUACCAGAAGUUCACUUGGGACGAGAUUGUGUCAGCUACAUCCUCGUUCUCGGAAGAUCUUAGAAUUGGAAUGGGAGCAUAUGGAACUGUCUAUAAAUGCAUAUUCCAUCAUACCGCUGCAGCGGUGAAAGUUCUCCACUCAAAAGAAAAUGGUAGGACUAAGCAAUUCCAGCAGGAGCUUGAAAUAUUGAGCAAAAUUCGUCAUCCGCAUUUACUUCUCCUUCUCGGUGCAUGUCCCGAACAUGGUUGCCUAGUUUAUGAGUACAUGGAAAAUGGUAGCUUGGAGGACAGAUUGCUGCGGAAGAACAAUACCCCACCAAUCCCUUGGUUCGAAAGAUACAGAAUUGCUUGGGAAGUAGGGUCAGCUCUUGUUUUCCUCCACAACUCAAAGCCUGAACCAAUCAUUCAUCGUGACCUUAAGCCUGCGAACAUUUUACUUGAUCAUAACUUUAUGAGCAAGAUCGGUGAUGUAGGACUUUCCAUGAUGAUAACUACAGAUUCUUCCUCUACAUCCACCGUGUACAAGGACACUGGACCUGUUGGAACACUCUGCUAUAUCGAUCCUGAGUAUCAAAGAACCGGGUUGAUAUCUCCAAAAUCUGACAUUUAUGCUUUUGGGAUGAUAAUACUACAGUUGCUAACCGCAAAACCCGCUAUAGCACUAACUCAUGUGGUGGAAACAGCAAUCGAUGACGACAACUUAACCAGAAUUUUAGAUUCAGAAGCUGGAAACUGGCCAGUUGAAGAAACAAAGGAAUUAGCUAUAUUGGGACUGAGUUGUGCUGAACUUCGACGUAAAGACCGACCUGGUUUGAAAGACCGAGUUCUUCCCAUACUAGAGAAAAUGAAGGAGGUUGCAAAUAAGGCCCGAAAUUCAAUCUCCAACAUACAGUCUGCACAUCCUAACCACUUCAUUUGCCCCAUAUCAAAGGAUGUAAUGGAUGAACCGUGUGUAGCUGCAGAUGGAUACACAUAUGAGCGCAAAGCAAUAGAGAAAUGGAUUGAAACGAAUGAUAUAUCACCAAUGACAAAUUUGGCUUUGCCAAAUAAGAAUCUGCUUCCAAAUUACUCUCUUCUUUCUGCAAUUUUGGAGUGGAAGUCCAGAAAACAAUGAUUUCUUUUUCUUCUUUUUACUGUAUAUUCUUUCCCUUAAUCCCACUACUGCAACUAUAUAUAUAUAUAUAUAUAUGCUUCCUUUCUGCAACUUCAAGUCCACUGUAAGUCUUUGCUAGUAUUUCAUCUGUAAGAAAUGCAAUUGUAUAUUAUAUAUAGCGGAGGAUCUUGAAAUUUAGUUA